UUCCUGUUAACUAGACCUGAUCUGACUGUCUGGUCUCACUAAGCAUAAAAUUAGAUAACUUUGCUAAUAAUGCUGCUCAGAGUGGAGAUUAUAUAUUUAAAAAUCUAAAAACACUAAUUUAUUAUUUAUUUUUCAUAUUUUUUGCUUGCUUGUUAGCUGACAUACCCAAUUAAGCAGGUAACACUAUGACAGAUCCAGACACAACUUCCUUUUAAACAUCCAAUUUUUUUUAUUUUGACAGUAUUUUGACUGACUUUAAUGUAACUGGUAUCAUUUAGUGGAAAAAAAAAUGUAAAUGGAAUGUUUUUGAAUGGUUGUUCCUAGGAUUUCUUUCAAAUAAAUAGCACACACACACAAUGGUUGUUUUAUGUUAUUGCCGUGUUGCUGUGCAGUAUGAACGUGUUUGGCGGGAUGUCAGUGAGGAUCCAUCAUGAUCGUUUGCGGGCGGAGGGCGCGGGCAGUAACGAGCGGGCACUGCCCUUCCUCAAUCAGGAUUACGAGGCUCUGAAACAGGAGUGUGUAGAGAGCGGCUGCCUGUUCGAAGAUCCCAGUUUCCCUGCACUGUCUUCAACACUGGGGUACAAGGAACUCGCCCCCAACUCUUCCAAAACUAGAGGAGUUCAGUGGAAGAGACCCACCGAACUAACAGCUGAUCCUCAGUUUAUCGUUGGUGGAGCAACUCGGACCGAUAUCUGCCAGGGGGCUCUGGGUGAUUGUUGGUUACUGGCAGCCAUAGCGUCUCUGACUCUGAAUGAGAAGCUCCUACACAGGGUGGUUCCUCAUGGCCAGAGCUUCACCAACGACUACGCUGGUAUCUUCCACUUCCAGUUCUGGCAGUUUGGUGAAUGGGUGGACGUGGUGAUUGAUGAUCGGUUGCCGGUGAAGGACGGUGAGUUGGUGUUUGUGCACUCAGCUGAAGGAACCGAGUUCUGGAGCGCCCUGCUGGAGAAAGCUUACGCCAAGUUGAAUGGAUCAUAUGAAGCUCUUUCUGGUGGUUCCACCACUGAGGGGUUUGAGGAUUUUACCGGUGGGGUAUCUGAGAUGUACGAGCUUAAGUCUGCACCUCGAGAUCUGCACCGAAUCAUCGCCAAAGCUCUGGAGAGAGGAUCACUGCUCGGCUGCUCCAUAGACAUCACUAGUGCAUUCGAUAUGGAAUCGGUGACCUUUAAGAAGCUGGUGAAAGGUCAUGCCUACUCAGUUACAGCACUGCGAGAGGUGAAUUUUCGGGGUAAACGAGAAAGGCUGAUCCGUGUCAGGAACCCGUGGGGGCAGGUGGAGUGGACGGGAGCCUGGAGUGACAAUUCUUCUGAGUGGAACCAGGUGGAUCCAUCUGAUAGGGACGAGCUGAACUGUAAAAAUGAGGAUGGAGAGUUCUGGAUGGCGUUUGAUGAGUUUAAGAGGCAGUUCUCCAGGCUGGAGAUCUGUAAUCUGACUGCUGAUGCUCUGAGUGACGAUUCCCUCAGUUACUGGAACACUGUUAAGUUUGACGGAAGCUGGAGGAGAGGAAGCACUGCAGGGGGCUGCAGGAACCACGCCAACACAUUUUGGAUAAACCCUCAGUAUAAGAUCACUCUGCUGGAGGAGGACGAUGAGCCAGAUGAUAACGAAGUGGCCUGCAGUUUCCUGGUAGCUCUGAUGCAGAAGGACCGGAGGCGUUACCGAAGACAGGGCCAGGACAUGCACACCAUCGGCUUUGCCCUCUAUGAGGUUCCAGAUGAGUUCCGCGGUUGUCAGAAUGUUCAUCUAAAGAAGGAAUUCUUCCUGCGUCACUCAUCUUGCGCCCGGUCUGAGACCUUCAUCAACCUGCGUGAAGUGAGUACAAGACUGCGCUUACCACCAGGGGAGUACCUCAUCGUCCCCUCCACUUUUGAACCGGGUAAAGAGGCCGACUUUGUCCUGCGCGUCUAUACUGAGAAACAGUCUGAAACUGAAGAAAUGGACGAUGGGGUCUCCUUUACUCUGGAAGACGAGGAAGUCACUGAGCAGGACAUCGACUCCUCGUUCAGAACCAUGUUCAGCCAGUUAUCAGGAGAGGAUAUGGAAAUAUCCGUUUAUGAACUCAGGACCAUCCUGAACAGAGUCGUCUCCAAACAUCGGGAUCUGAAGACUGAUGGCUUCUCUCUGGAGUCGUGUAGGAGUAUGGUGGCUCUACUGGACAAAGAUGGCAGUGCUCGUUUGGGACUGGUGGAGUUCCAGAUCCUGUGGAAUAAAAUCAGGAAGUUGCUGGGAAUUUUCCGUCAGUUUGAUCUGGAUAAAUCGGGCACCAUGAGCUCAUACGAGAUGCGCCUGGCUCUGGAGUCAGCUGGAUUUAAGUUGAAUAACAAGCUGCAUCAGGUCAUGGUGGCUCGGUAUGCUGAUCAGGAGAUGAUCGACUUCGAUAACUUCAUCUGCUGCCUCGUUAAACUGGAGGCCAUGAUCAGAUCGUUUCAGCAGCUGGAUAAAGAUGGAGAAGGUGUUGCUGAGCUCAACGUCUCUGAGUGGUUGUACCUGACCAUGUGUGGCUGAGGGAAUCGACCACAUUACACCUGAUUCAGCUGCACCUGAGAAUCAGACCUGUGGAAGAAGGAGAUCGGAUCUGAUCGCUUCAGAACCUAGUGUAUUAAUAUUUAAUCCAGAGAUAAGAAAGAAACAUGUUUUUAUUUACUGUAAUGUUUAUUAAACCACUCAGAAACUGCAGAAUUAGAAAGAAUAUGCAACACAGCGAGCUUCAGCUAGUAAAAUAUAGACGACAGUUUAUUUAUGUUUAUUUUGCAGCUGCAUGUUUACCGAAACUAACCAAAAACCCACUGUGCCUAAUCACAUGGCGUCAACUAACCUCACUUUAUACACAUUCAUUUUAUUUAUUCUGAUUAUUAUUAAUAUCAAUUAUAAAUGGCUUGUAGCAUGUUACUGUAUUUAGGAAGGUGCUCGGCGUCUUCAGUGCGUAAUACUGACACAUGAUUUGGUUUGUACUGAUUAUCACAUUCUAUAUCACGAUAUUUAAUUUUCUCAAUCCACAUUAUAUAACAUCUGCUCAGCAGAUCACUCCAUGUAAACACCAAAUAUAUGUGGCCAGUCACUUUGCCAUGUCACCGUAGCCUUAAUAAUUAUUCUUGAAGGUUUUAUUGAAUUUUAGUGUUUAGGAUUUCUCAUGCAGUGCUGCUUAACAUUAAAUUAAAUUAAUAACCGAA